AUGCAUACAAUUAUUGUUUCCGUGCUUGUAUUGAUUAGCAUAUGGGCUAUGCUUGCCACGUCGUCGCCAAUUGGAAAUCAAGAUGAUGAAUUGCAAUUUUUAAGGAACCUUAUAUUUCAUCCCGUAGCACAUCGAUUUCGAUUAUCACCAUGGGCGCAUAAACGUACUGCAGGUUUAUGUGAUUAUCGUUUACAACAUCGGCCAUUACCGUUGACCAAUUCAUUAUGUGCUUUUGGUCACAACAGAGAUGGUCAUCAUCAAGCUCAUUUAUUUAAAUAUGGCUAA